UGUACAGGUAGGGCAUGUGGGCAGCCUCCAGUCCAUCCUCAGCGUGAAUGCUGUGAGACCUCUGUGACCGUACAAUUAGAGGCUGCACAUCGCAUUCUUCUCCAAGCAACAAAAUUGCAGCACCCAGAAGAACAAGCAGGACAACUUCCAAAGUGACCAUUGUGGGCCAGUCUCCUGUGUGCUCCCUUGGUAAGCUUGUAGUGGAUUUCCCAGAAGGAUGGUGUGAAUUGGAUGCAAAGAUGGUACCGUGGAUGUUCCUCAAGUCUGUGUGACUCUACCAAGACACUUUGAAGUGGUCCUCCUGACGAGCACAGGGAGAAAAUGCUGAGAUUAGUGGCCACAGAUGUCUUUAAUUCCAAAAGCCUGGCCGUUCAGGCCCAAAAGAAGAUCCUGGGUAAAAUGGUAUCCAAAUCCAUCGCCACCACCCUGAUUGAUGACACCAGCAGCGAGGUGCUGGAUGAGCUGUACCGGGUCACCAAGGAGUACACCCAAAACAAGAAGGAGGCAGAGAGGGUCAUCAAGAACCUCAUCAAGACGGUCAUCAAGCUGGCCGUCCUCCACAGGAACAAUCAGUUCAAUCAAGACGAGCUGGCGCUCAUGGAGAAGUUCAAGAAGAAGGUCCACCAGCUUGCCAUGACGGUGGUCAGCUUCCACCAGGUGGAAUACACCUUCGACCGCAACGUGCUGUCCAGGCUGCUGAACGAAUGCCGGGAGCUGCUGCAUGACAUCAUCCAGCGCCACCUCACCGCCAAGUCUCACGGACGGGUUAACAAUGUCUUUGAUCAUUUUUCAGAUUGUGAUUUUCUGGCUGCCUUGUAUAAUCCCUUUGGAAAAUUUAAGCCUCACUUACAGAAACUCUGCGACGGCAUCAACAAAAUGUUGGAUGAAGAGAACAUAUGAGCGCGUGAAGUAAGCGAUCUCUGUGAAGACAAAGCACUGCUGACUCAUGAAGGGAAGACGGAGAAUCUUUUAAAGAUGACGUGUAUGGCAGAAAGGCUCGGCUGAUACAACCAUUGGACAUUAAUGGUAGUACUUUUGUGUGGCUUGUUGUAGCUGAAAAAAAAAAAAGCAUAUUGCCAAAAAAAUUCUGGCUGAAAAUGUCUUAAUGUAUGUCAGGAUGUGGGAAAAAUAGAUGGUUGGUAAUUCAAAAGUAAGAAUGACACAAAGACACAUGAGUGUGGCUCCAGUCGCUGGGCUUUCUGUAUUUUAGGGAAAUUGUGUUGGUGGCACAUUAGAUAUUUCUAAUAUGUACAAAGCUGUGUAUCUUGAUUCACUUUUUUUCUUUACUAUGUCUGUGUAUCUCUCUUAAAAUGGCAAGGACCUCUCUUUGCUGUCAUUGAUCCUUUUGAAACAAUUCUGCUUCCUAGGCUACUCGAUUCUUUUGUUACAGAUUAUCGUUGACAUUCAGGAAUUAAAUCUGAGGCCAUGGAAUUGAACUCCUAGGAAAGCAGAAAGCCAAGUAUCUGAAAUCAUGACUGUGGAAAUAGAUAACAUGUCCAUUGUAAGAAUGUACGUCUGCAGCUGAGUUGUACUUUGUAGUACCAUCAGUGACACUUAGAUCUCAAAAUGGUAGUGGCAUGUCAUUGUCUUGAAAUACUUGCUUAGGGCCUAACUUUGAUGUCAUCUUGAACAUGUGCUGACAAAUGUCUCUGGUAUUAACGUUCAUUUCACACAGGAGGAAAAAAAAACUUCUAGAUUGGUUUUGAUAUUGAGAUAAUAAAAAGUAAGUAGCAUGAAGAAAAGGAAAACAGCCUUGAAUUUAAAGAUGAACUCAUCAGACUAAUUUCGGAGAGUGAGGGGUGAAAGGAUAGAAGGGUGUUGCUAAUAAUGUAAAAAAGAUGGAUGCAUUUCAAUGUUUAACGGGGAUCAUGAAUAAAGGACAUCUUUUUUUUUA